CAGGCCGGCGGCGCGCGGAAAGUGCGUCACGUGACGAUUAGCUCCGCCUCUUCCUCCUCGGUCUCAUAUUGAACCCGAGUUGGAAGAGGCGAGUCCGGUCUCAAAAUGGAGGUAAAACCGCCGCCCGGUCGCCCCCAGCCCGACUCCGGCCGUCGCCGUCGCCGCCGGGGGGAGGAGGGCCAUGAUCCAAAGGAACCAGAGCAGUUGCGAAAGCUGUUUAUUGGUGGUCUGAGCUUUGAAACUACAGAUGAUAGUUUAAGAGAACAUUUUGAGAAAUGGGGCACACUCACAGAUUGUGUGGUGAUGAGAGACCCCCAAACAAAACGUUCCAGGGGCUUUGGUUUUGUGACUUACUCUUGUGUUGAAGAGGUGGAUGCAGCAAUGUGUGCACGACCACACAAGGUUGAUGGGCGUGUAGUGGAACCAAAGAGAGCUGUUUCUAGAGAGGAUUCUGUAAAGCCUGGUGCCCAUCUAACAGUGAAGAAAAUUUUUGUUGGUGGCAUUAAAGAAGAUACAGAAGAAUAUAAUUUGAGAGACUACUUUGAAAAGUAUGGCAAGAUUGAAACCAUAGAAGUUAUGGAAGAUAGGCAGAGUGGAAAAAAGAGAGGAUUUGCUUUUGUAACCUUUGAUGAUCAUGAUACAGUCGAUAAAAUUGUUGUUCAGAAAUACCACACUAUUAAUGGGCAUAAUUGUGAAGUGAAAAAGGCCCUUUCUAAACAAGAGAUGCAGUCUGCUGGAUCACAAAGAGGUCGUGGAGGUGGAUCUGGCAACUUUAUGGGUCGUGGAGGAAACUUCGGAGGUGGUGGAGGGAACUUUGGCCGUGGUGGGAACUUCGGUGGAAGAGGAGGCUAUGGUGGAGGUGGUGGCAGCAGAGGUAGUUAUGGAGGAGGUGAUGGUGGAUAUAAUGGAUUUGGAGGUGAUGGUGGCAACUAUGGCGGUGGUCCUGGUUAUAGUAGUAGAGGGGGUUAUGGUGGUGGACCAGGAUAUGGAAACCAAGGUGGAGGAGGAUACGGUGGCGGUGGUGGAUAUGAUGGUUACAAUGAAGGAGGAAAUUUUGGCGGUGGUAACUAUGGUGGUGGAAAUUAUAAUGAUUUUGGAAAUUACAGUGGGCAACAACAAUCAAAUUAUGGACCCAUGAAAGGGGGGGGCAGUUUUGGUGGAAGAAGCUCGGGCAGUCCUUAUGGAGGUGGUUAUGGAUCUGGUGGUGGAAGUGGUGGAUAUGGUAGCAGAAGGUUCUAAAAAUUCAACAGAAAAGGGUAGGUAUCUUUCAGUAUUUAUCAUGAUGAUAAAAAAUAUGUGGAACUGUUCACUGAGUGUAAUAAUUUUUUUAUCCUGUAUUAUUCAACAGGCUACAGUUCUUAGCAGGAGAGAGAGCGAGGAGUUGUCAGGAAAGCUGCAGGUUACUUUGAGACAGUCGUCCCAAAUGCAUUAGAGGAACUGUAAAAAUCUGCCACAGAAGGAACGAUGAUCCAUAGUCAGAAAAGUUACUGCAGCUUAAACAGGAAACCCUUCUUGUUCAGGACUGUCAUAGCCACAGUUUGCAAAAAGUGCAGCUAUUGAUUAAUGCAAUGUAGUGUCAAUUAGAUGUACAUUCCUGAGGUCUUUUAUCUGUUGUAGCUUUGUCUUUUUCUUUUUCUUUUCAUUACAUCAGGUAUAUUGCCCUGUAAAUUGUGGUAGUGGUACCAGGAAUAAAAAAUUAAGGAAUUUUUAACUUUUCAAUAUUUGUGUAGUUCAGUUUUUCUACAUUUUAGUACAGAAACUUUAACAAAAUGCAGUUUUGAAGGUGUUUCCUUGUGAGUUAACAAGUAAAGAAGAUCAUUGUUAAUUACUAUUUUGUAUGAAUUUUGCUAAAGUUAACUGUAAAGAAACACCUGCUGACUUGCAGUUUAAGGGGAAUCUGUUCUCCUCAUUUCCAAACCAUGAUAUGAAUGGGCACUGACAUGUGGAGAGAAUAGAUAUUUGUAUGUUUGCAAUGUGUGUUUUAGAUAACAACUAGGAUUGGGUAUUUAAAUUAGUAUAUUUGUGAAUUUAAUAGCGUUAAGAUUUACCUUCAAUGAAAAAUCUCAAAAUUCCUAUUUGGUUUUUGUGCAUUUUCUUUAAAAAUGUAAUCAGAUAUGAUUUAGUGUGUUAGCUUUGCUAAGAGUCCUAGCUGUGUUUAGAAAAUAUACAUUUACUUUGGUCACAUUUGAACUGCUGCCGUAAUUUUAUCUGGGUGCAAAAAGUGUCUGCUGCCCUCUGCUAAAGUUCUCGAUUGGGGUAGUGGAUUUUUUACCCUUUCUUCCUAGUUUAAAAACCAUUCUUAAAAAACUUCAGAUACAGACCACUAAGCCUGCUGUACCCAAGCAAAUUAGUGGCUGCCUUUUUUUUUUAAAUUCUUUUUGAAGCACAAGAGGCUUAUAAAUUUUCAGUUCUUUUCCCUUGGUUUAAUUUUUUUUUAAAAAUUGAUACCAGCUCUCAGAGCAAGAGAAUAAAAAUCAUGUAUUGUUGAACCCUUUACUGGCUGGUAUGUUUUCCUGUUUGCACUCUAUGCAUUUUACUGGAUGAAAUCAAGGAUAGUCUAGGUAUAAUCAUCCGAAAUAACUUAAUGCAGCAGAAAUGUAGCACAGUUGCUUAGUACAAGCUUCUCACUUCUGAAACGCCUGAAUUCAAAUUUGGAUGAUCUGAAUUCUUACUCUCGUGUAAACUCCCAAAGAACACACUGUUAUUCCCCAUGUCCGUUUCAACCUAAAUCAUGUUGGUAUGAGUUAUCAAUUUGUUUGGAAGACCGUGGUUGAUAGGAGUUUUAGAUAAUAAGGUCAUAUAUAUACAAAAACCAAUGUCUGUUUUGGCACCAGCUAGUGCUUAACAAUUUCAUUUGAGCCCUAACUAUGUGCCCUGCUGUUAUUUUUUUCUUUGACAGUUGAACACAAUUCAGAGAUUCUUUUGUUUUAAGAAGUACUAAACAAAACAAGCAAUAAAAAGGGGAAUGGGGCAUGCUAGUGUUUGAAUAUGCUCUAUCUCAUUGCUCUAAUUCUGUGCCUCUGUGCAUUAUUAAUAUUUGGAUGCAUGCAAUGUCAGCAUGGAAAUCGGUCUUCACAGAUAACUACAGUUUUCCAGAAAACACAAACCAAUAAAUGUAACAACAUUCCAUCUGUUAAUGGGCAUACGUGAAUAAGCAGUGUAGAAAAUAGGCUAAUAUUAGAAAAUGGUUAAGUCCUUAACAACUUCAAGUGUGUUUUUAUAAUUGGACACUGUCAAUGUUCAUAACAUAAACUUGGGUACCUGGUCAAAAUAAUGCUUGGGAAGCAUUUUAUUAAAAUUGAGCUAAAUUGUCUCAAGUUCUUUUAUUCAUAUAAUAAAGGUUGAAGGAAUGGGGGAAAGAUGAACAUUUCCUGUUUUUAUGUUUGUGAAAUUGUUUGGCCACAACCUUGACAGUAUCCUUUCAUGGCAUAUGAGGUUAAUUGUAUUGUUAACAAACUUUCUGUUCUGGAACUAGUUUAAUAGUGAAAACAUUUUCAGUAAGUUGAUGUUUGCAACCUAUAAGCAGGUGAAGUCUGUGUAUGUGACCUGUUUAUAAGUUGUAUUUAGCUUAGUUCUUGUGAAGAGUGGAAAAGUAAGCCAUGAGGAGAGCGAUUUAACCAGCUUUAAAGGACCUAAGACAUGCUUUUUAAGCACAGUGUGGAUCAAAGGAAACUCACUAAGACAGGACUUCAGCAGCCUUUUGAGUAUGGACAAGUCAGCAUAAAUAAAGAAUGACAAGGCAGCAGCAAGAGCUUCAACUACAGAGAAGUGAAGGCAUAAGAUACUAUGGUGAUAGUGAGCAACUUCCCAAAGGCUAGUUAAAUCUGCUUAUUACAGCUGAAAUAACGAAGAAAGUCUAGCAGGAGCUCUUCGCCUUUUGGAGCAUCAAUGAGAGAUAGUGGCAACAGUCAGUAGGUCUAGCAUUUAGACCUGCAAGGAAGGGCAAUAAGCAUUAGGUAAGGCUUGAAUUUGAAUUUUUUCACUAAUUAAAAGAGUAAUUUUUUGUAAAGCAAGGUAAGAGUAAUUUUUUUGAUUUGCAGGUUGAAUGAGAACCCUGCUUGCCUAUAUGAGGAAUGUCUUUCCUACCAUCUUAUAUACGAAGGUUUCUGGCUGGGUAAGGUUUGUAGCUUACAGUAAAACCUGAUGACAACCAUUUGUUUACUACAAAUUUAAUCUAUAUUACAUAUUUUAAAACUUAAUUCAUCCCUUUACAGAAGAUACAUUGGCAGAAUUCAUCUGCUGAAAUUUUUCUUUUGGAACCAUCGCCAACAUUCAAACCUUAGACAGUUUUUUAAAUUUCCCUGCAAUUGCCAUGAGCGUUCAUCUUGAGUCAUAUGGGGCCCUUUUUCUUCAUACGUACAAUUCAUUGUUAAUAUCUUUAGGGUAAACUCAGUUUUGGUAGGGGAAAGAUAAGAGUAACCUCAAAUUUUGUGAAAAGUUUAGUAAGAGUUACUUGUAACAGAAGUAUUAAGCAGCCAGUCCCCAUUCUAGGAAGACAUCUUGAAGUUACAUAAUUGUCAGUUUAUGUAAAUACAAAGAGGGUCUUCGGUCAAGUGGCCUCAUACGUACAUGCUCUUAGAUAUAAAUUCAGGGGACUAUUUGGACCAAUAGGAUGAAUUUUUUUUUUUUAACAUGUUAACCAGAAACAGUGAAGCCUAAUUACCAAAUAUUCCAUUAAAAUACCCUUUCCCAAAGGAUAAUUAAAGUAUUACUAAACUACCAUUCAAAUCAAUUGCUGAUUUUCAUAAGGGCUAUUUUUGCUGCCGAAAACGGCAUGUUAUACUUCACUUUUUUAAAUUAACAUGAACACUUUAGGGGACAGAUGCUCAAAAUAAACUAGUUUCUAAAUUAUAGGUCAAGUUCCUACAUAAACAGUAUCCAAUUUACCACAGAAUGUAUUAGUUCUCAGAAAACGGUUGGCUCUCUUUAUGUAUCAGAAUUAGGACUGAAUUCUUUUACAUCACCGUAGAAUUAAGUGUGUUGGGUAAGGCCUUUUAAUGACAAACUGAUGACAUUUUAUUUUAGUGAAGCAAAUUUCCUAAGAUAUGAAGCCUUUUUUUUUUUUUUAAAGGUGGUGGUCUGUCUUUCCUGUCCGUCUCUUUUCUUUAUGUAAUAAAAUGAUUUUAUAUAAAUGUAGUUCCAUUGUCAUUUCUCAAAAAUCCAAUGUCAUAAAUCUUUAAGUUGGUAGCAACAAUAAACAAAGUUAUGUAACGGGGAAAUGAUCAAGGUAAACUUUAAUGUUAAGCCAGGUUGUAGGUUACUGCUUCUAAUACAUUUAAUUUUUAAAAGCUUGAUUUACACAUCCUAAAGGAGAAUAUUUCUGUGUGGUAAUAAAGACUAUUUGUUAAGGGACUAAAGAAUUGAAAUAAGGUUGGUUUUUAGAGUUGCGGUAUAUAGUAGUUGCAAUCUGAAAUAUUUCUAAUGACGGUAUCUCUGGAGUUCCAAUAGUUGAUGUCACAAAAGUAGUGAAUAAGCAUGCUAAUAUGGAGGGGUAAUUAAAGGGUUGUUAGCCUAUCUGAAUACCUAAAUUCCUUUACAACUUCAGUGUUUCCUGAUUUUUUUUUUUUU